AUGGCUUCCAAUAACCUUCCCCGUAUCCGAGCAUGUCUCUUCGACAUGGAUGGCCUCUUGAUUGACUCAGAGGACCUGUACACCGUGAUCACAAAUGAGAUCCUCCAGAAGUACGGCAGGCCAUUGCUACCUUGGUCAAUCAAGGCUCAAAUGCAGGGUCGCCCUGCACCUGAGGCCAGCAAGAUCUUCCACGACUUCGCCCAACUCUCCAUUUCAGAAGAGCAACUGAACGAAGAACGCUCCGCUCUCCAGCGGAAAUACUUCCCUAGAUCCCAGCCUCUGCCAGGUGUACGCACACUUCUUAAUAACCUCGCCUCAACCAAGACAACCGACGAACCAGUGUACAUCGCGCUGGCCACCUCAUCCCACAGCGGCAACUACAAGCUGAAAACCGACCACCAGACUGAGCUAAUGUCCGUCUUCCCAGACGCACACAAGGUUCUUGGUGAUGAUCCUCGCAUCGGCAAGGGUCGCGGCAAACCCCUGCCUGAUAUCUACCUGCUCGCGCUGGAGACUAUCAACGUUGAGCUGCGCAAAGAGGGUAAGACCGAAAUUAAGCCCGAGGAGUGUCUCGUCUUUGAAGAUGCCGUUCCGGGUGUGGAGGCCGGUCGCCGGGCUGGUAUGCAGGUUGUCUGGUGCCCGCACCCCGGCCUCCUGGGUGCGUUCAAGGGUCGCGAGGAAGAGGUUCUUGCUGGCGCUACUGGAUCGCAUAAGGAAGAGGAGAAGACUGAUGCCGAGAAAGAGGCUGAGCAGCUUCAGGCUUGGCGUUUGCAGGGCUCUGGUAAGCCCGGAACUAUUGGAGAUGGGUUUGGUCAGCUGUAUGCUACGCUGGAAGACUUCCCGUAUGAGAAGUAUGGGAUUAGGAUUCCUUGA